AUGGAAAAGAAAAAUAUAGUCUGGAGCCUAGACUUCUGUAAUACAGAUGAUUCCAGCAUUUUCAGACCAGGCAUACUCAGUGAACCAGUGCUGAACAGUACAUGCCCGAUUAUCUUUUGCAAUAAGGAAAACAAACUGGAGUGGCACUGUUAUCUUCUUAUUCUGGUUUGCCUUUUUACUUUAUUAGUGGGCUUUCUAGGCAAUAUGCUUGCACUGGGACAUUACACGUACUGUGUGAAAACAUGGACUACUAGCACUAUAUUUCUGUUUAAUCUGGCAUUCUGUGACUUUACUUGGAUUCUCAUGGCACCUUUUUCAGUUUAUUACAGUCUCCAGAACAUAGCAGUGUACUCCAGUGAAACAUUUUAUCAGGUUAGAAAGUUAUUUUUCAACAUUAACAUCUAUGGAAGCAUCUACUUUCUAACACUCAUCAGUUUUGACCGAUAUGUGGGUGCUGUCCAUCCUAUCAGUUCAUUAAGAUGGUGGGACAAAGGCAAGGCAACUUUUUGCACCAUUGCAGUAUGGAUCUUCAUCGUUAUCGGAUCAGUGCCGGAGAUGUACUAUACAUUCGUCACCAGAAGACCCUCUGAUGAUAUCAUAUCCCUGGAUAACAUUGGCGGACCUUUACAUUUUGUGGUGCCACUCACACUCUCCAGGUUUUUACUGAGAUUCCUGAUUCCGGUCACAGUCAUCUUCACAUGCUAUAUGUUGACUUUCAGAGCAUUAGUGCAACUCAAUAAACGCCAGCAAAGAAAGAAUGCACUUGUUAGACCUCUGCUACUGAUUUCAGCUGCUAUGAUUGUAUUCGCUGUUUCUUUCACUCCUUAUCAUGUUACAAUGUUGGUCAUACUAAUUUACAGAAUAAACUGCAAACUACACUGCGGAAAUGUAAGCACAGUAUUUGCCAUUUAUAAAGUCACAGAGCUCAUCUGCAGCUUUAAUAGUUGCCUUGACCCAAUCAUUUUUAUGGUAGCAAAUAAGGCAUUCUAUCAAAGAAUGAAAGCUAUAAAAUGUCAUCCGAAAUGCCAGUGCUGCUGCUGUCUGCCACAAAGGGUAAGGGACAUCAGUCUGACCCCAAGAACAGUGACUUAA